AUGUCCGUACAGGUACUCGAUGGUCAGGAAUUGCGCGAUAACGGAAUCGAUAGUCUGGCGGAUGUCGUAAAGUUUGUGCCUGGUGCCUCGGUUGUAUCGAGCACUGCACCAGGCUUUGAGACAGUGAUUUUGCGAGGUAUUGCCAGUGGGACGACUGGUGAUGCAACUGUCGGCUACUAUGUCGACGACGUCGCUUUUGGCGUUUUGAAUCUGCAGAUCGCGCCACCAACCAACAUGUAUGACCUGGAGCGCAUCGAAGUGUUGCGCGGUCCACAGGGUACUUUAUAUGGCCAGGGUUCCAUGGGUGGCACAAUCAAAGUCAUUACGCCAAAACCGGACACAGAAGAAUUUUCAGGUAGGUUCCGCGUUGGUGGGAGAACUGUUGAUGACGGUGAUUCAGGCUACAACCUGGAUGGUGUUGUGAACCUGCCUCUCUCAGACAAUUUUGCCGUGCGUCUUUCUGGUGGUGUUGAAGAACGACCUGGCUGGGUCGACAGCCCUGAAUUUUCGAAAGACGAUAUUAACGAGUUAGAUAGCUGGAACCUGCGUCUGAAAGCCUUGUAUACAACGGACUUGAUGGAUGUGACCUUUACUCACUGGACGGUGGAGAAUGAACUUGUUGGUGCAAACUCUUUUUCUCGCCUGGACCCGCUGACGGGCAUCGAGUUCGACGAACCCACUAUGGCAGGCAUUGGUGGUAACCCUGGGUUCAUAGAUACCUCGCUGGACACGAGCUCACUGACCAUUGAUGUCGAUCUAGACGGCAUGAGUUUCAUCAGUGCCACCUCGUACACCGAGUACGAACUUGAUUUUGUGUUUCCGCUGUUUACAGCGGGCUUUCAGUUUUUCAAUGAUUCCACCUUUCAAACCGAAGCGUUGAGUCAGGAAUUCAGAUUAGUAUCCACCGAUGAUAGUGCUGUGCAGUGGCAGGUUGGUGCUUACUACAGCGAUUCCAGCAUCAAUUCUGACAUAGACUUUUUUCUCGACUUUGGUGGCGGUAUCACAAUUCCCGUGAUUGAUACUAUCGGUGAUAUUGAAAGUGAAGCCUGGGCCGUUUUUGGUGAAGUGUCUGUGGAAUUGUUAGAUGGUCUUGUCGUGCCUUCAGUUGGCUUGCGAUAUUUUGAAGAUGAUAGGACAACUGCAAACGGUAUUGAUCGUGCCACGGGUUUACCGCGGCCACCGGUGGGUACAACAUAUGAAACGGUAAACCCAAGAUUUGCCGUGAACUUUCGUCCGCAUGAUAACGGUUCUAUUUUUGUCAGCGCAGCAAAAGGGUUUCGCAGCGGCACAACUCAGACAGAUGCCCAGGUAGCGCUAGCUGCGAGCGUUGGUGUGCCCACGGGUACUACCAUCGCGCCAGAUGAGGUCUGGACCUAUGAGGUUGGCGCGCGCUAUCAGUUCCUGGGUGGCAAACUUGCGGUUGAAGCGGCGUACUACUAUUCCGACUGGAAAGAAAUUCAACUCCAGUUCUCUGUGCCUGGAACGGUUGCUCUGGCUAACGGAGGAGAUGCAAAGCUCAACGGUUUGGACUUGGCGGUCAGCUGGAUGCCGAUUAACAAUCUGAUCCUGCAGAUGUCAGGCAACAUUAACGAUUCCGAGUUUAAAAAUGUGAAUGCCAAUUUGGCAGCUGCAACCGCCACUGUCCGAGAGGGUGGUUCACUCCCCAAUGUGCCAGAGAAAAACCUGACCCUGGGAGCGAGCUAUGAAUGGGCUAUCUCUAAUGGUUGGCAGGCCUUCGUUAAUGCGGCUUACGCUUAUCGUGAUAGUCAGAUUGAUGCGGGCUCGGGUCUAGAGUCCGGUAUUAUGAACGCUGCAGAUAUGCGAGUGGGUGUGCGGGGUGAUACGUGGACGCUGACGCUGUUUGGUGAAAAUCUGGCAGAAGAGGAAGAGCCUCUCGUGCGAACCGGAACCGGCGUACAGUUUUUGACGCCUCGCACCUUUGGUCUGCAGUUAGAGGUUGAUGCCCGAUGGCUGAUGGCUUAUGCCGCCGGUUUGCAGGAUAACAAUCCACGCUUCAUGGAUACGGCUGCUGGAACUGUUAUAGCGCACCCGGUCUUUCCGGUAUGUCUGGAAUGGCCGGUGUUAUUGAAGUCCCGUCGCAUGCCCGGUUACGAGCAGACGACGCCGCAGGAAAGCGCGCGCGGCGUGCACGCCGCCCAUGAUCUUCAUCUCUACCGACCCAUACGUGCGGGAGAGAGGCUCACCACAACUGCGACGAUCAUCGGUUUGCAAGCCAUCAAACCGGGCGCAGCUCAAACCACACGCCUUGAUACAGUAGAUGAGCAGGGGAAUCUGGUGUGCCGUACCUAUCAGUUAGGUAUCAGCAGAGGUGUAGCGGUCACUGGGGAGCCGACGCAGAUUGAGCACGCCCCACAAGUACCUGAAGCGCCAGCGUCACGGAGUGUUUUGCAAUCAUGGCCGAUUGCGGUUCCUGUCGGGGCCGCUCAUAUCUACACUGAAUGCGCUCGAAUUUUCAAUCCGAUACACACGGAUCGCGAAGUGGCCCUCGCAGCCGGUCUGCCGGACAUCAUUCUGCAUGGUACAGCCACGCUCGCACUGGCAAUCAGCAAGCUGGUGGAUGAAAAGUUGGGUGGCGACCCUACCCACGUAAAGCGCUUAGGCGGACGAUUUACUGCGAUGGUACUGAUGCCAUCUACGUUGCGCCUGAAUCUGCUGGGUCAAUCGAAAGGCGUGCUGCAUUUCGAAAUUCUAACGGAAGAUGGACAAACUGCUUUCAGUCAUGGUUACGUGUGCACUGCUGAACAUUAA